GCAGUCUCUACCACCACAAGAUCCCACUGCAGUCCCCAACAUCUUCCCUUUGCCUCCAAACAUAUGCUGGAACCAUGUGUCCCCUAUCACUGUGCACUGCCCCAGCUCCACUGCAGUCCCUAACUGCCAUGGGGUGGCCCCCUAACUGAGGGGGUGGGAGAACCAGGGACAGUUUGGCCACUUGCCCAAGGUCACUUCCUCCCUCUGCAGUUAUGGGGCCCAUGGCUGCCAUUGGCCCCAGAUGCCACCAUCCACUGGGGCAGCCCUGUGCCUCUGUUUCUCUGUCUUGCCAUGCCCUGAGCCCACAGGGAGAUGUCCCUAACAUGCACCAGAUGUUGCUGUACCUGGGAAUGCAGACCCUCCAUGCCCCCUAACUUGGGCACGAGACAGCAGCACCCUUGCUGCAAUGGCAAAUUGGUACUCUGGGCUGUUGGGCAAGCCCACCUCUAAAGGGGCACAAUCACUUUCCUGGCCAUUCCAUGAAGGUCCUGUGCCCCAAGGAGUAGCAGGGUUGUGGGGUAGGAUGGCAGUGCUUGGGGAUGGGGUGGCAGGGAACAGGCAGCAUUGGAAAGGGAUCAUGAUAGGAGGUGGCUGAGGGCCACCCUAAAGGGCGAUGGCAUCUGUGGCUAAUAGCUGGCACUGGCCACUGCAAGGCUCUGUGAACAUGGGAGAAAGUGGCUUUGAGGCAAGCAGCCUAACUGUCCCUGACCCCCUUGUGUACCUCCAGGCCACCCUUUGGCAGUCGGUGGCUUUGGGUCGGUGUUGGGGUGGUGCAAGGCUGCAGGGGACAUGUGGCUCCAGCACCCCUGUAAGGGCCAAGGCAGGCAGAAGCUCCCAGCCCCAAGGUGAGGAGCAGGGACAGGAACAGGGAUGGCAGGGGAGACACAGGCGCUGUGCUGCUGGGUUGGGGUGUGGGGCUGGAACAGGGGAAAGACAACCCUGAAUCUGGCACAUGCAGCUCUGUGAUGCACUGGGAUGUGGUGGGAGGUACAUGGUGGAAUGGGUGGCACAGAACCAGGUGUGGCCCUAGGAGUGGCAAGAGGUUGCAGAGCAUGAGGGACAUAGGGGUGGAUGAGGGCUGGGGAUGGGAGCAGAGACAUGGGGAAUGGGUGGCACCGGGGAUGAUGGGGGUCAGGGACUCAGGGGUGAUGGGGCUGAGGGCUGGGGAUGAGGGGUAGGGCUGGUACUGGGGGCAGCAGAGGAGACAAAGGACAUGGGGUAGCAUGGGAGACCAGGUGCCAUGAGGAGCAUCAGGGCCGGCCAAGGGCUCUCCUGAGGUGAUCCCAGGGACCACAGGUCCAUGGGGCAAGAUGUCCUCCAGCCCUGCCAUGUCCCCACAGCUCUCCACCAUGCAGUCUGGCCUGCUCCUUGUCCUGACCCUACUGGGCAUGGCCUCUGCCCUGCCCCCUGGCACACUGGAGGUACCUGCAGGCAGAGAGGAGGGCAGCAGGAGGUGCUUCAUGGUGGUGAAGGCAUUGUGCACCUACAAGGGUGCCCAGGUGAGAGGGAUGGGGAGGUCAGCGGGAUGUCAGUGCCAGGCAUCAACCUGUGUCCCUCAGAGCUACUGCCAGGACAUAUACAAGGGACAGCUGCCCUCGGUGCACAGCACAGCCACUAACAAACAGCUGAGGAAGCUGGCAGCCACCUACACCUACUGUAACCUCUGGAUCAGGGGUGUCACCCGUUGCAAGGGUGGGUCAUGGAAGACAUCCUGGGAGGACCUGAGCCCCUGGAACUAUGCAAAGUGGGCCAGCAGGCAGCCCUGCCGAUGGUUCAGAACCUGCACCGUGUUCAACCCCAAAGAUGGGCUCUGGAGAAGUAGAGCCUGCUUCCUGCUGCACCCCUUCCUCUGUCAGUACUGACAGUGCCCGGAAGCCCUGCCAUGGCUCCCCAGUGUCCAGGGACCCGCAGUGGCCCAUGUCACUGUCCCAAUAAAGUGCCCCAUGAACUGCCUUGAGGCCACAUGUCCAUGUGUUUUAG